AUGUGGACCAUGGUUCUGGUGUACGGGUGUCCGCGGCCCAAUCAUACUCGCACGAAAACUUUUGUAAUGAACCACUUCCUAGCAAGAACCAUAAUGCCAUCUACAGCAGGGUUAAUUUUUAGCACGUUUCUUGGUGUGGUCACCAGAAGAGUCCAGGUCCAGCUUGUGGGCAAGCAAUACCCAAGGUCAUGGGACAGAUUGACCGGAUACAUUUUGUCCGUCGGCGUUUUCGUUGGAGGCUACGCCGUGGUGGACCAUUUUGUCGAAAGAAACAGAGAAUUGUUGAACAGAAGAUUGCACCAAUUGCGUGACCAAAGAGAACAGGCGGCUGUUUUCCACGAGUUCGACUUGGAAGCGGACCACAGAAUCACUGCCCCAAAGAGAUCGUCCAAGUUCUACGACUUGUUGGACAAGUACGGCAGUGCCUACAAAUGA